UCCAUGACUAGUUGGAUUUCGUUGCUACAAAGUCAAGUGAAUAUUUUAUCAUUAUUUGACUGAUGAAUUAUUUAAUGCAUAAUUGUCAAAUAAUGAAUAUUAUAAAAUAAUUUAAUCGAUUCUUAAUUGUAAAUUUCUCUUUACUUAGAAUUAUUCAAACAUUGAUAUGAUUCACAGCUGAAAGAUAGUCUUUAUUGUUGUUGAGCACUGUAACAUUGCUGUGGCAGUGGCAAUUUGUGAGCUGUCAGUGAGAGGUUAGUCCAUGAGUCUGAGUAGUGCAAAUCCAAUCCAAGAUAAAAAGUAUUAUUUUGCUACAUGCUGUUAUUAUGGAAGAAGUUAAAGGUUUAAGUGAAUUUGAAACUAGUGAUGAAGAUAUUGGUGUUGUUUUAGAAAAGAAAACAAAAAAGAGGAAGGUCACAGGUAGGUUAAGGGACGUUGCUAAGAGACUGAGAGUGCAGAGUCAUGAAGCAGGUAGUGACUGUAAAUGUAGGGGUAAAUGUUUUGAAGUUAUUCCAUUAGCUGCUAGAGAUAAUGUGAUCAAAAACUUUAAUUUGUUAGAAACUACAAAUGAGCAGAAUUCAUACUUGUGUGGUCUCAUAUCCCUUGUUCCUGUUCAGCGCCGUCGGCCAAGAGUAGAACAGGCGAAUGCUUUGUUAAAAGAUGUUACAUGUAAAUACAAAGUUCGAUGCAUUGUGGAAAAUAAAGUAACUGAGUUUCCAGUUUGCCGUAAAGCAUUUACUGCUAUUCAUGGCAUAACUAAAAAAAAGGUUGAAUUUCUUAUUAAUAGUUUGAAACUAACUGGUCGUUCACCAAAGGAUCAGAGAGGAAAACAUAAAAAUCGAAAACAUCGACACAAUGCUGAAGUGAUUGAUUCUGUAAAAGCUCACAUUGACAGCUUCAAUGGUCGUGGAGCACAUUAUUCAACAAAAGACACUAGUAAGAAGUACCUUCCAGAAGAUCUCAGCAUAAAUAAGAUGCAUAAGCUUUUUAUGGAGAAAUACCCAGACAUAAAAGUGUCAUAUGAGUCAUAUAGAUCAGUCUUCAAUAAUGAUUUCAAUAUUUCCUUCGGUUACCCAAGGACUGAUACAUGUAGCUUCUGUGAUGAACACAACAUUAAGCUUGAAUGUUUGAAAAUAGAGCUGAAAGAAAUUAAAGAUGAUGAAAAGAAGGCUGAAGCUGAAACCAAAGUGAGAGAAGUUGAAAUACAGUUGAAGCUUCAUUUGAAAAAAGCUGAGAAGUUUUAUCAACUCAAAGCUAAAGCAAGGAAACUUUCUAAGAAACCUGGUGGCUAUACUGCAGUAUGUAUGGACUUCGGUAAAAAUUUAUGUGUGCCAAAUAUUACUAGCAAUGAUGCAUAUUACAAACGGCAGCUUUCUGUAUUUUGUUUUAACAUUCACAAUUUGGGAAAAAAUGAUAGUUUAUUCUACUUGUAUCCAGAAAGUGAAGGAAAAAAAGGGAGUGCUAAUGUAUGUGACCUGUUAUUUCAUUUUGUCAACAAUUAUUUAUCAGAACAAGUUGAACACCUCCAUAUAUUUGCUGACUCAUGUGGAGGACAAAAUAAAAACAUUAAUAUAAUAAGAUUUUUGCAUUACCUCGUUCAUACUAGGAAACAAUUCAAGAGCAUCCAAGUGACAUAUCCAAUUAGAGGCCACAGCUACUUGGAAUGUGACAAACAAAUGGGUCUAAUCAACUCAAAGUUUGGGGCAGAGCUACCGUGCGAUUGGGUUGACCACUUCAGGGAAGCAAGGCAGAAUCCACGACCCUUUGAAGUUGAAGAAGUUGAUCAUACAUUUUGGCAUGAAUGGUCCAAUUUCUUAGGUUUGACUUACAAGAAGAAAUUGACUGUACCUACAAGACCAAUAAAAGAGCUGAAAAUUACCGAGGAGGCAGAAAGAUUACUGUAUUAUAGACACAACUAUAAUGGACCAUGGUACAAUGUAGUAAUCACGCUGCCACAACGGAAGAGAUUUUGUGUUGAAAAAACUACACUACCUACUGCUUCAUAUAAAGGAAAACUGCCUAUCCAACAAGAAAAGUAUGCCGACAUCAUAGAUCUUUCAAAAUUUUGUAAGAAGAAGGAGGCUGUGACGUAUUUUAAGGAAUUGCCACACAGUGAUGUGAGAAAUAGGAAAUGAAUAAGCAUUGAAGAAAACUGUUUAAUUAUCAGCCUACCUACUGCUUCAUAUAAAGGAAAUUUGGCUGUCAAACAAGAGAAUAAGUGAGCCCACAUCAGAGAGCUAACAAUAUCUUGCAAGCAGGAGACUACAUUCUGUGAAAUAUUUUUUUGAAGUGAAAUGGUGAAAAGACAAUGAAGAGACAUAGAAAAAACUGAUUCAUUUUCAACUGAUAAAAAAAUUCAAAUUUAAACUUUGAUUUUCCCUAAUUUAAAAAUUUUAUUUUCAAACCAUGUUUUUACUAUUUCAAUGGUAUUGACUAAGUAAUUGUGUGUUGUUAUAGUGUUGGUUUUUAAAGUGUUCUCAAUUUUGUGUAAUCCUAGACAGGGUGAAAAUGUUAUAUAGGUACUUGUGCAUUUAUACAUUUGGAAAUUUUAUUCAGUGACAUAAAUUAAUGAAACUUGAAACUAUUCUAAUAUUAAUUUAUUUCUGGAACCUAAUCAUCAUGAAUUGGAUUUGGGCAAAAAAUUACUGAAAAUCUGGGGAAAAAAGAGCCAAGUCCAAAAUAUGCACUUUCUUCCCCAUUAGGUUUGGUCACUGAUUAUCAAAUUGUUUUAUUUUACAGAGUUGUAAUAGAUUAUUGGAAAAACACAGCAAUAUUAUUGUUUCAUAAUAGUUUAAAAACCUAUAUUCAAACAGAAGGAAGUUCAUUACCAGUAACUAUAAUAAUAAAAUGAACAUAAACUUUAAAAACUUUCUCCUGAAAAAUUUGCUCAGGUGGACUUGACCCCUUUUUCCCUUGGGCCCUUCAUAUGUUAU